UAGGUACCUACCUGCUGUGCAAACCUUUUAUUAGAAUCAGAACUACGCAAGAGACAUAAGAGAAAAUGGGCAAGAAAAUUAUUAUUGACACCGAUCCUGGCAUCGAUGACAUUCUCGGGCUUCUCCUCGCUCUGUCGGCUAAACCCGAGGAAGUCGAGGUCGAGUUGAUCUCGUUGACAUUUGGCAAUAUUGAAGUGAGAAGCUGUCUCCGCAAUGUCGUCUCCAUGUUCCACAUCCUGGAGCGCGAGAUGCAGUGGCGCAGAGAGCAGGGCCGGCCCGAGGGGUUCGACGCUCUGCGCGCCCAUCCUCCCACGGUAGCGGUGGGAGCCGAGGAUCCCCUCGAGGAGCAGAAGAUGCUGGCUGAUUACUUCCACGGAACCGACGGACUAGGCGGUAUCCACGCUAGUCACCCACAUCUUACUCCCAAGGAGACAUGGGAGCACCUCUUCGACCCGUCUGCGGAUCCUUCCAAGAUCGACCCCGUUCCAGUGGGCGACCCUGCCCGUCCGUUAUACGUCGCUUCAAAGCGCCCCGCGCACGAAGAGAUCCUGCGUGUGCUGCGCGAGAAUGACCCCGACACUGUGACGCUCGUGGCUGUUGGUCCGUUGACUAAUCUGGCGCUUGCGUCUGCGGCUGACCCGGAAGCUUUCCUUCGGGUUAAGGAGGUUGUCGUUAUGGGAGGGACUGUGAAUGAGCCUGGGAAUGUAACCCCCGUCGGCGAAUUCAACGCCUAUGCCGACGCCGUCGCAGCAGCAAGAGUCUACGCCCUAACAUCCCCCCGACCCCACACAACAAUGCCGCACACAAAGAGCCCCAAAAGCCUCCCCAACUACCCAGCCACCCUCCCCAAGCAGCUCACACUACGGCAAUUCCCGCUAGACAUCACCCUCAAGCACGGCAUGAAACGCGGACAGUUCCGCACAACAACCGCCCCGCUAGUCGUCGCAGGCUCACCACUCGCAGAAUGGGUCUCAGCCUUCAUGGGGCACACGUUCCGCACACUGGAGCGCCUACACCAGGGCCACGUGGGCGAUGACGCCGAGCUGAGCCUGCAUGACCCUGUUUGUGUGUGGUACGCGCUGACGACGGACGACAAGCGGUGGGUGCCGAGUGCGACGUCGCCGGAGGAUAUCCGGGUUGAGACGACGGGGCAGUGGACGCGUGGGGCUUGUAUUGUUGAUAGGAGGAAUAGGCACCGUCUUGAGGGCGAUGAGGAGAGCUCUAGUGACCAUGGGUUUUGGUUGAGUGCGUCGGCGGGGAAUCGUAUUUGGAGGAUGGAUGGGUCGCCUGUUGAGGGGAACUUUGGGGAGGUGUUGUUGGAGAGAGUUUUUACCUGAGUUGGCCUUUCACUGUGUGAUAUGACGGUGAUGAUGUCAGUCUGUAGAUGAAGGGAAGGGAUGGAUGCCCUUGUUGCAUGAUACAGUGAUGGAAUUUGUAUGUAAAUAUAAACAUACAUCAUGAGUAUAUAGAAACAUUAGAAACAUGAG